UGAAGUCCCUGAGCUUUUAUUGGACGGUCUGGUCUAACGUCACCAACUUGACCUUUGAGUUGGCCAAUCAACGGUAAGGAGGUCUUAGCAUGCCUUCACUACCCCGCCCGGAAGGGGCGGACCAUAUGUCAAAAGCAGCCAAUGAGGGGCCCAGGAGACGCGUCUCCACGAGAGCGACCGCGCGAACUCUCCCGCGGUGUGUAACUGGAGGAGUACUGCAUCCAUGGAACAAACUGAAGGCGCGAGAACGUGCCAAGGCCAUCAAACCUAUUGAUGGGAAGUCAGUCCAUCAAAUUUGUUCUGGGCAGGUGGUACUCAGUUUAAGCACUGCUGUGAAGGAGUUGAUAGAAAAUAGUAUAGAUGCUGGUGCUACUAGUAUUGAUCUAAGGCUUAAAGACUAUGGGGUGGACCUCAUUGAAGUUUCAGACAAUGGAUGUGGGGUAGAAGAAGAAAACUUUGAAGGUCUAGCUCUGAAACAUCACACGUCUAAGAUUCAAGAGUUUGCCGACCUCACACAGGUUGAAACUUUCGGCUUUCGGGGAGAAGCUCUGAGCUCUCUGUGUGCACUGAGUGACAUCACUGUAUCUACCUGCCAUGCGUCUGCAAGCAUUGGGACCCGACUGGUGUUUGACCAUAAUGGGAAAAUCAUCCAGAGAACUCCCUACCCUCGACCUAAAGGAACCACGGUCAGCGUGCAGCACUUAUUUUAUACACUGCCCGUGCGUCACAAAGAAUUUCAAAGGAACAUUAAAAAGGAGUAUGCCAAAAUGGUCCAGGUCUUACAGGCAUACUGUAUCAUUUCAGCAGGCGUCCGUGUAAGUUGCACUAAUCAACUUGGACAGGGAAAACGGCAACCCGUGGUGUGCACAAGCGGAAGCUCUGGCAUGAAGGAAAAUAUUGGGUCUGUGUUUGGCCAGAAGCAGUUGCAAAGCCUCAUUCCUUUUGUUCAACUGCCCCUUAGUGACUCUGUUUGUGAAGAGUAUGGCCUGAGCCCUUCCAGGACUCCACAGAAUCUUUUCUACAUCUCAGGCUUCAUUUCACAGUGCACACAUGGUGCCGGGAGGAGUGCAACAGACAGGCAGUUCUUCUUCAUCAACCAGCGGCCUUGUGACCCAGCAAAGGUCUCUAAACUUGUAAAUGAGGUUUACCACAUGUAUAAUCGGCAUCAGUAUCCGUUUGUCGUUCUUAACGUUUCUGUUGAUUCAGAAUGUGUCGAUAUUAACGUAACUCCAGAUAAAAGGCAAAUUCUACUCCAGGAAGAGAAGCUUUUGCUGGCAGUUUUAAAGACCUCCUUGAUAGGAAUGUUCGACGGUGACGCAAACAAGCUUAAUGUCAACCAGCAGCCGCUGCUGGAUGUUGAAGGUAACUUAGUAAAGCCGCGUACCGCAGGGAUAGAAAAGCCUGUGUCUGGAAAGCGAGACAGCUCUCCGUCAUUGACGGUCACAGCAGGCGACAGAAGGGUAGCAUCCAUCUCCAGGCUGCGAGAGGCCUUUUCUCUUCAUCCUGCUACAGAGAUCAAGUCUAGGAGCCCAGAGACUCCUGCUCUGAAACAGAGUUUUCCAAGUGAGAAAAGGGGCGUGUCAUCUUCUCAUCCUUCAGACAUCCUCUCUUGUGGAGGCUUACGUGGCUCGCAGGACAAAUUGGUCAGUCCCACGGACAGCCCUGGUGACUGUAUGGACAGAAAGAAAACAGAAAAAGACUCAGGGCUCAGCAGCACCUCAGCUGGCUCUGAGGAAGGGUUCAGCACCCCAGAAGUGGCCAGUAGCUUUAGCAGUGACUAUAACAUGAGCUCCCCAGAAGACAGACCUUCUCAGGAAAACAUAAACUGUGGUGAGAUGGACUACCAUCUUUCAAACACAGGACAGCAUUUGAAGCCAGAAGACAGUGGAUAUCAGUGUAGAUCUUUACCUCCAGCUCAUCUCUCGCCCUCAAAUGCUAAGCGUCUCAAGACAGAAGAAAGGUCUUCAGAUAUUGACAUUCCUCAAAAACUGCUUGAUCAUCAGAACACCUCAGCAGCUGAGGUUGAUGUAGCCAUAAAAAUUAAUAAGAAAAUCGUGCUCCUUGACUUCUCUAUGAGUUCUUUAGCUAAACGAAUGAAGCAGUUACAGCACCUAAAGCUGCAGAACAAAACUGAACAGAAUUACAGGAAAUUUAGGGCCAAGAUUUCCCCUGGAGAAAAUCAAGCAGCAGAAGAUGAACUCAGAAAAGAGAUUAGUAAAUCAAUGUUUGCAGAGAUGGAGAUCUUGGGCCAGUUUAACCUGGGAUUUAUAGUAACCAAACUGGGAGAGGACCUCUUCCUGGUGGACCAGCACGCUGCGGACGAGAAGUACAACUUUGAGAUGCUGGAGCAGCACACCGUGCUGCAGGCGCAGAGGCUCAUCACACCCCAGACUCUGAACUUAACUGCUGUCAAUGAAGCUGUGCUGAUAGAAAAUCUGGAAAUAUUCAGAAAGAAUGGCUUUGACUUUGUCAUUGAUGAGGAUGCUCCAGUCACGGAAAGGGCUAAAUUGAUAUCCUUACCAACUAGUAAAAACUGGACCUUUGGACCCCAAGAUAUAGAUGAACUGAUCUUUAUGCUAAGUGACAGCCCUGGGGUCAUGUGCCGGCCCUCAAGAGUCAGACAGAUGUUUGCUUCCAGGGCCUGUCGGAAGUCUGUGAUGAUUGGAACUGCUCUCAAUGCAAGCGAGAUGAAGAAGCUCAUCACCCACAUGGGUGAGAUGGACCACCCCUGGAACUGUCCCCACGGAAGGCCAACCAUGAGGCACAUCGCCAACCUGGAUGUCAUCUCUCAGAACUGAUGCGCCCGCCUCCGCUUGUAGCAUAGAGUUUAUUACAGAUUGUUCUCUUUGGAAAGAGAGAUUUUAAGUAAUCUGAUUAUCAUUCAAAAAUUAGCAUGCUACUUUAAUGUCCCAGAUCCAUUUAAAAACAGUGUUAAGCCAGGCCUAGGGGCAUGUGCCUCUAGCCUACGCUACUUGGGAGAUUCAUGUGGGAGGCUCAUUUGAGCCCAGGAGUUUGAGACCACCCUGAGCUACAUUAGUGAGACUGUUUCAAGGACAAAAACAUUUAUUUUUGAAGCCUUUUCACUAUGUCUGCAGUCACUGUUCUGCAAUUUGUGUGUGUGUGUGUGUGUGUGUGUGUGUGUGUAAGAGAGAGAGAGAGAGAGAGAGAGAGAGAGAGAGAGAACACAAGCGAGCACUUGGAAGAUAACCAGUUUUCCCUCUAUCUGGGAACUUUGAGCCCUCAAUGACAAUUGAAUUCUAUUUGUUUGCUUUCUUUUUUCCUCAUCUACCUAACCCCACCCCUGUGUCUGAGUCAGCACUUCAUCUAACCCCACCCCUGUGACUGACUCAGUACUUCAUGUAACUCAGGCUUCUCUUGAACUUGUUUUGUCACCAAGGUUGUCCUAGAACUGAACUUGCCUCCACCACCCAAGUGCUGGGAUCACAGGUGUGUGUCAUACAUACCCACAUUAAAAAAUAUGGUCCUUUGGGAUCAGCUCUCAA